AUGUCUACCACCGAACAUGUUUCGGUCAGCAACGACUCUGCGCUAGCCAACUCAGAGGAUCCGGAAUAUGAAGACUUUCUUGAAGAUGAAGAACCUUCACCAGCAUUCACACCCGCGCCCCUCCCACCCCUCACAAACGAACCCCGACGACACCCGGAUUCCUGCCUGACCCUCUCCCGCCCUCUCAUAAAAGCCCUUCACGCACAACUUCCGCCGGCGCCGGAGCUAUCGCUCUCGAUUGGGAGUGGAACGGGGCUAGCUGAGGCUCUGCUUGACUCUCUGACCGAUACCCAAGAUCCUUCCACUCAAGAAGAUCCUCAGGCUUCUCAAGAGUUACCUGUCCCUCGACCGCUCAACCUAACCAGCAUCGAAAUCGCACCAAGCCCAAAUAAAUACCACCGCAACCACCGCACUGUCCCAGGAACGUGGGCGCUCGACCCCGCUGCGGCGGAAGCGAAGGCGUGGAUGUUUGUGUACCCGAAGCAAGUCGCCCUGGUGCGGAAGUACAUGGAGGCCUUUGCUUCUGGCAGUUCUGGUUCCGGGGAGAAGGGGGUUGCUGUGGAGACUGUGCUGUACGUCGGUCCGAGAAUGGAUUGGGAUGAUUUCCGGGGCGCGUUGGAGCCGUUUGCGGAGGAUGUGGAGGUUUGGGACGAGGAGAGGAUGGAGAGCGUUGGCGGGCAGGGGUGGGAGUGCGUUGUGAGGGUGAGGGUGAAGAGGUGA